CAGAUUUGAGGUUUUGUCCAGUUUUGGUUCCUGACUCCAGGUAAAGGCACAGAGUCUGUUUAACAGCAGCUCAGGUCUGAGGAUCAGGUCCAUGUGUGACCCAGCCCAAUGACACAGAUGACCUUUAACCUGUGACCUGGGUCUAGUUUGAUGUGACCUGGGUCUAGUUUGCUGUUAGGUUUCGUUUCCACUCAAACGUGUCCAAAGGGCGUUCCAACAGAGAAGUGAAAGUGAAACAAGUGUCUGACUUGUUCGACUUUGUCGAUGGUUGUGCUGUUGUGUUAUCGUCGUUUCAGACUCUUUUUGUUGAGGAUGUGGAGGUGGGCGAGGAGCCGCUCCUUUCUGGACGGAGUUAAACAUGUUUCCUCUUGGCCGUGGUUCUAUUGGGUCAAAGUUUUUUUGGGAUUCGUUCCACUUUUAGCGAUACGAUACUGGUUUAAACACCGUGAUCAAAAUGAAUCUGAUGAAGAGAAAAAUACCUUUUCCUCUGAGGUCGACUUCUUCACCGAUGACGAGAGCUCCGAGGAGACCAGCACCCCCCGCGCACAGAACGGACCGCGCGCACAGGACGGACCGCGCGCACAAGACCGUCCGCGCGCACAGAACGGACCGCGCGCACAAGACCGACCGCGCGCACAGGACGGUCCGCGCGCACAGGUCAGUCCGCGCGCACAAGACCGUCCGGGCGCACAGGACGGUCCGCGCGCACAGGUCAGUCCGCGCGCACAAGACCGACCGCGCGCACAGGACGGUCCGCGCGCACAGGUCAGUCCGCGCGCACAAGACCGUCCGGGCGCACAGGACGGUCCGCGCGCACAGGACAGUCCGCGCGCACAGGACAGUCCGCGCGCACUGACGCAGGACCACAGCUCUGUGCGCAGAUACAGACCGCCUGAGCACCCCCUGACCUGUGAAUAUGACUCCACCUGGGACACUGACUCGGAUGACAGCGAGGAAAAAGUUCAAGAAGAAAGUGAGGAAAUGGUACAAGAGGAACAGAGUGAGAGGACCAACAGAUUUAACAAAGUCUCCAACAGACAGUCGAUCAACUUUGAGAGAUUUCAAGCAGCUGCCAGAGAUCUGCAGAACUACAGACGCGACUAUCCGAUCAAGCCUCGUCGGCAUUGGGGUUUUCAAGAAAGUAAAACUAAAGAUGAACACCCAAAUUUGGACUUCUACCUUGGAGCGCGGCCCUCUUCACCUGAUGGUUUAUUCAUAGGUGAUUUCCAUACUUUGUGGAGAGGAAGUUACGAUAUUUUGGAGUCUGUCCACAGCUAUAUUCAAUGGUUGUUUCCCUUACAAGAGCCAGGAGUAAAUCCUGAGGCCUUCACACUCACCAAAGAGGAAAUUGUGGAGUUUUGCCAAAAUGAAACAGCAAAAAAACACCUGCUUGAAUCAUACAAGCUCAUGUUGGAUUUCUACGGAAUUGAGCUGUGUGACGAGGAAACUGGAGAAGUGAAAAGAGCCCAGAACUGGAAAGAUCGAUUCACUAAUCUAAACAGAAAUACUCACAACAACCUGAGGAUCACCCGGAUUCUGAAGUGUUUGGGAACCUUGGGAUUCACUCACUACCAAGCUCCUCUGGUCCGUUUCUUCUUGGAGGAAACUCUGGUGAAUGGAGAACUUCAAAGAGUCAAGGACAGUGUACUAAACUACUUCCUCUUUACGGUGCGCGACAAGAAACAGCGAAGAAAUCUUCUUGAGUAUGCUUAUCGCAACUUUUACAAAAGGGAGGAAUUUUUUUGGUGUCCCAAAAAGAUCCAGAUGAAAUGGGAAAAACAAAAAAUGAAAACAGAUCCACCUUUGUGACCUAAUGAUGAAAAGUAGAUGAAUACAUUUGUGUGCAAAAAUCUUAGAUGUGACAUGAAAAAAUUCUCAAUGAGUAUAAUCCUUAUUAAAAACAAAUUGUCAGAUAUUUCUUAUUGAUCAGUGUAAUAUUUUUUUACCAAAAUGGUAAUUGUGCAUUCUAUGU